AUGCAGUUGAAGCACUUGAGGACCCUGCUGAGCCCUCAGGAUGGGGCUGCAAAAGUGACCUGCAUGGCUUGGUCCCAGAACAAUGCCAAAUUUGCUGUCUGUACAGUAGAUCGUGUAGUGUUGUUGUAUGAUGAGCAUGGGGAACGAAGAGAUAAAUUCUCCACCAAACCGGCUGACAUGAAGUAUGGCAGGAAGAGCUAUGUGGUGAAGGGCAUGGCUUUCUCUCCUGAUUCCACUAAGAUUGCCAUAGGACAGACUGACAACAUCAUCUAUGUAUACAAGAUUGGAGAAGAUUGGGGUGACAAGAAAGUUAUCUGCAACAAAUUCAUCCAGACGAGUGCUGUUACUUGUUUACAGUGGCCAGCAGAAUAUAUCAUUGUUUUUGGACUGGCUGAAGGGAAGGUCCGUUUGGCAAAUACUAAAACCAAUAAAUCAUCUACCAUCUAUGGGACAGAUUCUUAUGUGGUGUCACUAACAUCAAAUGGAUCUGGGAAAGGAAUUCUUUCUGGUCAUGCUGAUGGCACCAUUGUCCGAUACUUCUUUGAUGAUGAGGGCUCUGGGGAAUCACAGGGAAAACUGGUCAGUCAUCCAUGUCCACCCUAUGCCUUGGCUUGGGCGUCUAAUAGCAUUGUGGCUGCUGGCUGUGACCGAAGGAUUGUAGCUUAUGGAAAAGAAGGCCAUGUAUUACAAACUUUUGAUUAUAGCCGUGAUCCUCAGGAACGUGAGUUCACCACAGCUGCAGCCAGUCCUGGAGGUCAAGCUGUUGUACUGGGAAGUUAUGACAGACUUCGGGUGCUGAAUUGGAGCCCUCGACGAAGUAUCUGGGAGGAGGCAAAACCCAAAGAGAUUGCCAACCUAUACACAGUCACUGCCCUAGCCUGGAAGCGGGAUGGUUCCCGACUUUGUGCAGGUACAUUGUGUGGUGGGGUAGAACAAUUUGAUUGCUGCCUCCGAAGAAGUAUUUACAAGAACAAGUUUGAGUUGACAUAUGUAGGACCUAGCCAGGUGAUUGUGAAGAAUCUUUCAUCAGGCACUCGUGUGGUCCUCAAAUCUCACUAUGGGUAUGAGGUAGAGGAGGUGAAGAUUUUGGGCAAGGAGAGAUAUCUGGUGGCCCAUACCUCAGACACACUGCUUCUAGGGGACCUGAAUACCAAUCGACUCAGUGAGGUGGCAUGGCAGGGAUCUGGAGGCAAUGAGAAGUAUUUCUUUGAAAACGAGAAUGUAUGCAUGAUCUUCAAUGCUGGGGAACUGACUCUGGUGGAGUAUGGAAAUAAUGAUAUCCUUGGUUCUGUGCGCACUGAGUUCAUGAACCCCCACCUCAUCAGUGUGCGUAUUAAUGAGAGACGUCAGCGGGGAAUGGAAGAGAACAAGAAGUUGGCUUAUCUCAUAGACAUUAAGACUAUUGCAAUUGUGGACUUGGUAGGUGGCUACAACAUUGGUACCAUCAGCCAUGAUAGCCGUGUGGACUGGUUGGAGCUCAAUGAAACUGGACAUAAGUUGCUCUUCAGGGACCGAAAACUUCGAUUGCACUUGUAUGACAUUGAAAGCAGCUCCAAGACGAUGAUCCUCAAUUUCUGCUCUUAUGUGCAAUGGGUGCCAGGAAGCGAUGUGCUGGUAGCUCAGAACCGAAACAGCUUAUGUGUGUGGUACAACAUCGAGGCACCUGAGAGAGUUACCAUGUCCUCUAUUAGGGGUGAUGUCGUGAGUCUGGAACGGGGUGGAGGAAAGACAGAGGUGAUGGUGACUGAAGGUGUGACGACUGUUGCCUAUACACUGGAUGAAGGGCUUAUCGAAUUUGGGACUGCCAUUGAUGAUGGCAACUACACCCGAGCAGCCGCAUUCCUGGAGACUCUGGAAAUGACCCCAGAAACAGAGGCAAUGUGGAAAACGUUAAGCAAACUGGCACUAGAAGCAAGACAGCUACACAUUGCAGAAAGGUGCUUCUCUGCUUUGGGCCAUGUAGCAAAAGCUCGGUUUCUACAUGAGACCAAUGAAAUUGCAGACCAGGUGUCCAGAGAAUAUGGUGGGGAAGGAACUGACUUUUACCAGGUCCGAGCACGUCUGGCCAUGCUGGAGAAGAACUACAAAUUAGCAGAAAUGAUCUUCCUGGAACAGAAUGCUGUUGAGGAGGCUAUGGCCAUGUACCAAGAGCUACACCGUUGGGAUGAAUGCAUUGCUGUGGCUGAGGCCAAGGGUCACCCUGCCCUAGAGAAGCUACGCCGCGGUUAUUACCAAUGGCUAAUGGACACACAGCAGGAAGAAAGGGCAGGUGAAUUACAAGAAAACCAGGGAGACGGGCUGGCUGCGAUCAGCCUCUACCUUAAGGCUGGACUCCCUGCCAAGGCUGCUCGGUUGAUUUUGGCUCGAGAGGAACUACUGGCCAACACUGAACUAGUGGAACACAUCACCUCAGCCCUUAUCAAGGGAGAGUUGUUUGAGAGAGCAGGAGAUCUGUUUGAGAAGAUCCGGAAUCCCCAGAGGGCCCUUGAGUGCUACUGUAAGGGCAACGCUUUCAUGAAAGCGGUGGAAUUGGCCCGUAUGGCAUUCCCAGCUGAAGUUGUACGGCUUGAAGAAGGAUGGGGGGACCAUUUGGUGCAACAGAAGCAGCUUGAUGCUGCCAUCAAUCAUUAUAUUGAAGCCAGGUGCUCCAUCAAGGCAAUUGAGGCUGCUCUUGGGGCCCGUCAGUGGAAGAAGGCAAUUUAUAUCUUAGAUCUGCAAGACAGGAAUACUGCAUCCAAGUACUAUCCUCGUGUGGCCCAACAUUAUGCAUCCCUCCAGGAGUAUGAGAUUGCAGAGGAGCUGUACACCAAAGGAGAUCGGACAAAAGAUGCCAUUGACAUGUAUACCCAGGCUGGGCGCUGGGAGCAAGCACACAAGUUGGCAAUGAAAUGCAUGAGACCGGAGGAUGUGUCUGUGCUGUACAUUACCCAAGCUCAGGAGAUGGAGAAGCAGGGGAAGUACCGAGAGGCGGAGAGGCUAUAUGUGACAGUGGAGGAGCCAGACCUUGCCAUUACUAUGUUCAAAAAGCACAAAUUAUAUGAUGACAUGAUCCGCCUUGUAGGGAAGCACCAUCCAGACCUGUUGAGUGACACCCAUCUGCAUCUGGGCAAGGAGCUAGAGGCUGAGGGCCGACUACAGGAGGCUGAAUAUCACUACUUAGAAGCCCAGGAAUGGAAGGCAACUGUGAAUAUGUACCGGUCUAGUGGGCUUUGGGAAGAGGCUUACCGGGUGGCAAAAGCACAUGGAGGUGCCAAUGCUCACAAGCAUGUGGCCUAUCUGUGGGCAAAAGGUCUUGGGGGAGAAGCUGCUGUUAGGCUACUCAACAAAUUAGGACUCCUGGAAGCUGCCAUUGACCAUGCUGCUGACAACUGCUCCUUUGAUUUUGCUUUUGAACUUGCUCGACUUGCCCUCAAACACAAAACUCCCGAGAUUCACCUCAGAUAUGCCAUGUACUUAGAAGAUGAGGGUAAAUUUGAAGAAGCUGAAGCAGAGUUUAUUCGAGCAGGGAAGCCCAAAGAGGCUGUACUAAUGUUUGUCCACAACCAGGACUGGGAGGCAGCUCAACGGGUGGCUGAAGCUCAUGACCCUGACAGUGUCUCUGAGGUGCUAGUAGGGCAGGCACGGGGGGCCUUAGAAGAAAAAGAUUUUCAGAAAGCUGAAGGGCUGCUACUUCGGGCCCAGAGACCUGGAUUGGCACUCAACUACUACAAGGAAGCUGGGCUUUGGAGUGAUGCUCUUCGAAUCUGUAAGGAUUAUGUGCCUGGGCAGCUGGAGGCACUGCAGGAGGAGUAUGAACGGGAAGCUACCAAGAAGGGUGCCAGGGGUAUGGAGGGACUGGUGGAGCAGGCUCGGCAGUGGGAGCAGGCUGGUGAGUACAGCCGAGCUGUGGACUGUUAUCUCAAAGUGCGUGACUCUGGAAGUGCCAGUGGAGCCAGUAGCCUUGUAGAGAAGUGCUGGAUGAAGGCAGCUGAACUCUCCAUCAAGUUCUUACCCCCCCAACGAAGUCUAGAAGUUGUUCGGGCUGUAGGACCCCAACUGAUUGGAAUUGGGAAGCACAGUGCGGCUGCAGAACUCUACCUGAACCUAGACCUAGUUAAGGAAGCAAUUGAUGCUUUCAUGGAGGGUGAAGAAUGGAACAAGGCCAAGCGGGUAGCCAAGGAAUUAGACCCCCGGUAUGAGGACUAUGUGGAUCAGCAAUAUAAAGAGUUCCUGAAGAACCAGGGCAAAGUGGACUCGCUUGUAGGUGUGGAUGUUGUGGCUGCUCUUGACCUGUAUGUGGAGCAAGGUCAGUGGGAUAAGUGCAUUGACACAGCCACCAAGCAGAACUACAAGAUCCUGCACAAGUAUGUUGCAUUAUAUUCAACCCACCUGAUCCGAGAGGGUGGCUGUGCCCAGGCACUAGCCCUCUACGUGCAGCAUGGAGCACCUGCCAACCCACAGAACUUCAACAUUUACAAAAGGAUCUUCACAGACAUGGUGAGCUCUCCUGGAACCAACAGUGCAGAGGCCUACCACAGCUGGGCUGACCUUCGAGAUGUGCUCUUCAACCUGUGUGAAAACCUAGUGAAAUCCAGUGAAGCAAACUCAGCAGCCCAUGAAGAAUUUGAGACAAUGCUUCUGAUUGCUCAUUACUAUGCCACUCGUUCUGCAGCCCAAAGCAUCAAGCAGCUGGAGACAGUGGCUGCUCGACUUUCUGUGUCCCUCUUACGUCACACCCAACUAAUCCCUGCAGACAAGGCUUUCUAUGAGGCAGGCACAGCUGCCAAGGCAGUAGGAUGGGAGAACAUGGCAUUCAUCUUCUUGAACCGCUUCUUGGAUCUGACAGAUGCAAUAGAAGAGGGCACUCUGGAUGCCCUUGACCACUCAGAUUUCCAGGAUACAGACAUUCCCUUUGAGGUGCCACUACCAGCAAAGCAACAUGUGCCGGAGGCCCAAAGGGAAGAAGUUCGAGACUGGGUGCUCACUGUUUCAAUGGACCAGCGGCUAGAACAGAUUCUACCCAGGGACGAGCGAGGUGCCUAUGAGGCUUCUCUGGUGGCAGCAAGUACUGGUGUCCGGGCACUACCUUGCCUUAUCACAGGGUACCCAAUCCUGAGGAACAAGAUUGAAUUCAAGCGACCAGGGAAGGCAGCCAACAAGGACAACUGGAAUAAGUUUCUUAUGGCCAUCAAGACCUCCCACAGUCCAGUAUGCCAAGAUGUCCUUAAGUUCAUUAGCCAGUGGUGUGGAGGGUUACCCAGCACCAGCUUCUCCUUUCAGUGACUGGCAGGUGGCAAUUAGGCCCCCUGUUACUACUGUGUAUCUUCUACAUUAAAGUU